AUGUCUGCCCGAAGUUGUAUCGUGUCUAGAUAUUGCCACGAUGAUUACACGAGACAAUAUAUACCAACAUGUGGCGUAGAAUUUUAUUUAAAAAGAACACAAAUUCAAGGUCAUAAUGUCAGAAUCAAUAUUUGGGAUACAAGUGGAUCAUCUAAUGGACUGUUAACAAAAUACAUUUACAAUGCUGAUGCAAUCAUACUUGUGUAUGAUAUAACUGACUGUGUUUCGUUUUCGGCUGUAUCAACAUGGUACAAUAAAGCUAUAAGUGUUCAAUAUGAAAAUGUACCAACGUUUGCUUUAUUUUCAAAUAAAAGUGAUUUAGAACACAAAAGAUCAGUUGCUGAAGAAAAACAAAUAUUAUUUUCAAAAGAAUUUAAAAUACCGAUUUCUCAAUCAGUAUCUGCACGCACCGGUGAAAAUGUAAUGUUUGCUUGGCAACAGUUGGUGGCUGAAUGUUUAGGAUUGAAACUUUCGAAGUUUGAUUUAGAACAACAUUUAGUGAGACCUGUGAAAGCGGAAAUCGAAACUACUAUCAAUCAGUAUAAGACUAUGAUGUCGAAUCAACAGCAAAAUAUGUCGUCUACAAUUUGUGCCAUUCAAUAA